GGAUGUGAAGGCUGCAGGGGAGGUGAAACUGGAGUACAAGCUGAUCUUCCCACCCAAACGGUUGCCUGGUUUUAAGGCAGGUUUAGGACUAGCACUUUGGACACAGUGCUGAAAAUGUCUGAGAUGCUGCUGUGGGCAGAGAGAUGAAGAUUAGGCUGACACAUCUUAUAUUGCCUGAGGGGAUGGACAUCUGAAAUACGGAUUUUUGUCAAUUCAGUAUUGAGAAGGUGGAUUUGAAUAAAUGAAACAGGAUACAGGUUGAAAAGGAGUGUUUUCUUCUUGGGGGUUUGUUGUUGUCCCGCUCACUUUUAUUUCCCACAACAGUUUCUCUGGUUGCUUGCUUGCUUUCAGCAACCGCUGGGGGAAAAAGCACUGCUGCUUUUAUGAAUAUUAGUGAUGUGUCUGAGCUGUAUUUUGCCUGCUGACAUUAUCCAUCCUUUGUGGAAGGUCACCUUGAAUGUUUGAGCAUGCUGCAGUCCAACUAAUUAUUUUCUUUCUUUUUUUUUUUUUCCUUUCUCCAGGGGAUCUACAAGUAUCUUGAGAGGAACUUUUCAGACUUUAAGCAGAGAGGCUUUGUUGUUGGAUAUGACACACGAGGUCAGGUCACCAGCAACUGCAGCAGUAAGAAGUAUGAGUAUUGAUUACAUUUGCAAGACUAGAAAUGAAAUUGUGGCUCUAAAUGUGUUCUGUCCUAUCAGCACUUUUCCUCUUUUGUGAUAAACUGGGCACACUCUCUCCUCUCCCUCAGUCUGUUGAAAUAGCAGUGAGGAGAAGCUGGGACUAAAUCCUUUGUGGUACCAGUUUGCCAGCAAAGGAGGAGUGUAAGGCUGUUUGUUCCACCAGAGAAUUGGCAGAUUAAAUGCACAAGAACAUGAGGCUUAGUAUGCCCGGAGACAAAUGUGAAUAUGAGGGUAAAUUCAGAGAUAUUAACACGCAGCUGGAAAGCCCUGAAUAUUAAUGCACUUUUAACACUGUCAUUCUCUGGUGUUUUACACCUGAUGUAAGCUUGCUUUCGGGGAGGGAACAAUAUCACAUACAGCCUGCUCUAACCCAGUGUAUUUUCACUUUGAGGGGGAUUGUAUCUGGAGUGCUUAAAAUGUAGGCUUCUGGCCAUGGCCAGCUGUGCACUCUGCAAGGAAAGGAGGGAAAACUGCUUCCUCAGUUCUCUAAGCCAUCUUAGUCCUUUGUCACUGGGGGGGGUCAAAACACCUGUGGUAAUGGCAUGCUGUGCAGAAAAGCCAACCCAGUAGCUAAUUAGGUAAAGCGAGGUUAAUUGUUGUAGUUAGUGUAACUAACAGUUUGUUGUUGUGCUUUUUUUUUUUCUUUUGUUUUUAAAUUCUGUAGAAUCUAAUGUUUUAGGGAUGAAAAAGUCCUUGGUAAAAUAGAGCACAGAAUCCAGUGACUGCCUUCUCUCCCCUGGCCUUUGGGAUAUGUGUGGUCCAUUACCCCCCCCCAGGCUUUGGCACCAGGGGUUUAAACUCACUGGUGACACUGUUUGCAGGGUGUUUGCAAGCCCGGACUGUGUGGGUUAUGCACAGUCUAAAAAUGUGGGGGUGUAAAGGUGAUGUCCCUCUUUAGCCACGCAAAGCCUGGAAUUCAGACUUGAUGGUAGCACAGUUGUUUCACAAGUCCAAGCAGCACCUCAGUUCCUGGCUGUGUGUCCCUCCUUUCUCCCUGGGAUCACGCACCCUUGCAGCAGUGCUGAAAUCGAGCUGGACUCCCCAAAAGGGUUUCCAGUGGAAGCUGAGGGCUUUUCCAGCUCUCUGUGGGCAGCAGGGCCCAGGGGGAUGCCAGGUCAUCCAGCUGUGUCCUGUAACUAACCUGCUGUAAACCAAGCAGAACUUGGGUAGCUUCAGCUCCAAGCUGAGCUCUCAGACUCUUCCAGGUGGUUUCAGGUGAUGUUGGGCAGGUACUGUGGUGGAAUUCUGAGUCAGUGAAACUUGGGUGGCUGGUGAUGGAGAGAAGGCAGUCAUUAUUAAUGCUUGUCUGUGAGAACAAGGGAGCAAGGUGAGCUUUACACCAUUUAAUCUCUCAUCUGUUUGGAUUCUGAGACUUCCCUCUAUCACUUUCCUGAGUGCCAAAGGAGUCUGAUAUCAGCUGCCUGGAAGAGAGUGGGCUUCCCUGGUGCUUGAAGGGCAAAGUGGAUAAUCAAGUGGGGUUUAGAACUAUGGGCACUGUUGCUGUAUCUAAACGUUCUGGAAUAAGGGGUGCUGCUUGGAAGAAAUAUAUUUUAGGAACAGAUCUGCUUCCUGGACGUUUUCCGAUGCUGCUGAGCAGGGCUGGCAAACGAGUUUUGUGUGGGACACCAAAUCCUUUUCCAAACAUGCUGACUGCAGACAUCUGGCUUGCGAAGCUCACUGCAGCAGUCCUGCUGGCAAAGGAUGUACUUGUGUACUUCUUUUCCACCUAUGUCCCUACCCCUUUCGUGCCCUACGCUGUUCAGCAGCUGGGGGCUGUGGCUGGGGUGAUGAUCACGGCGUCCCACAACAGAAAGGAGGACAAUGGCUACAAGGUUUAUUGGGAAAAUGGAGCACAGAUCACCUCUCCUCAUGAUAAGGAAAUUAUAAAAUGUAUAGAAGAGUGUGUUGAACCAUGGAAUGGCUCCUGGAAUGAAAAUCUGGUAGACACCAGUCCCCUCAGACAGGAUCCUCUGAAGAAAAUUUGUGACAGCUACAUGGAGGAUCUGACAAAGAUCUGCUAUCAUAGGGAGCUCAAUGUGCAGACCAGUCUGAAGUUUGUGCACACCUCUUUCCAUGGAGUGGGACAUGACUACGUGCAGUUGGCUUUCAAAGCCUUUGGAUUUCAGCCCCCCAUUCCAGUACCUGAGCAAAAAGAUCCAGAUCCAGACUUCUCUACUGUCAAAUGCCCAAAUCCUGAAGAAGGAGAAUGUGUUCUGGAGUUGUCGCUGAGGCUUGCAGAGAAAGAAGAUGCAAAAGUAGUGGUGGCCACUGAUCCAGAUGCAGAUCGACUGGCAGUGGCAGAACAGCAGGAAAAUGGCUGCUGGAAGGUGUUCACGGGCAAUGAGCUGGCAGCCUUGUUUGGCUGGUGGAUGUUUUCCUGCUGGAAGGAGAACUGCUCCCCAGAUGCUGAUGUGAGCAACGUUUACAUGCUGGCAACCACGGUCUCCUCCAAGAUUUUGAGGGCAAUUGCACACAAAGAGGGGUUUCACUUUGAGGAAACACUCCCUGGCUUUAAAUGGAUUGGAAGCAGAGUAAAAAAUCUCCUAGAUAAUGGAAAAGAAGUUCUCUUUGCAUUUGAGGAGUCUAUUGGCUUCAUGUGUGGCACGUCAGUGCUGGACAAGGAUGGAGUGAGUGCAGCUGUGGUCAUUGCUGAAAUGGCCACUUACCUGCAGGACCAGAGCCUGACCCUGGCACAGAAACUCGUUGACGUUUAUGAAACGUAUGGCUAUCACAUAUCCAAGACUUCCUAUUUCCUGUGCUAUGAUCCUCCCACUAUCAAAAGGAUAUUUGAGAGGCUGCGGAACUUCGACGGCCCUCAGAGCUACCCCAAAUGCUGUGGGGUUUACAACAUCUUACACGUCAGGGACGUGACCACUGGCUAUGACAGCAGCCAGCCGAACCGCAAGUCGGUGCUGCCGGCGAGCAGGAGCAGCCAGAUGAUCACGUUCACCUUCCAGAACGGCUGCGUGGCCACGCUGCGCACCAGCGGCACCGAGCCCAAGAUCAAGUACUACGCCGAGAUGUGCGCGCUGCCCGGGCACAGUGACAAAGGUGUGCUGGAAGAAGAGCUGCAGAAGCUGAUAGAGGCUUUGAUUGACAAUUUCCUGGAGCCUGCCAGCAACGGGCUGACCUGGCGCUCUGCGUAGAGCCCCGGUGCUCCCAGGAGUGGAACCAAGGACCCAGGAGCAGAACCAGUCUCAUCUUUGUGUGUGUGUGUUUUAAACAGCUGCAUUCUUUUUCUGUCAAGAAGAAGCAUUCUUUUGUCAGGCUUUUCACCAAAUUGGGAUAAGGAGAGGAGGUCAGAGGAAAGGAUAGCAUCUGUCGUUGCAGUUUUCAGUCCUUUUGACCAAAAGUUUUAACUCGGCCAUGCCAAUGCAAUUGAAUUGCCCUAGUACCUUUGAGGCAGCUGAGCUUAGCUGUUACACCUUGUCUUAAGCUCAGUUCAGGUACCUAAAACACCUCUUUUUGGUGCGUGGAAUGGUUUUAAAGGGGUGAUCACUCCAAACUGACAACGAAGGCUGCUUCUUUCCCCUGCAGCUCUGUAAACCUUCCCUUCAGGUCUGCACUUGCAAAAGCAUCAAAGCAGAGCUCAGAAUUUCUUAUUUAGGCAAACUGUUGACAUUUUUCAGCUACCUAACAAUUCUUCUGUUGGUAAAGGUGUUCUUGGGCAUUGUAGCUUUUCUGUGUGUGUAUUAAAAUGAUUGGCAGUGAAACAGUAGUGGCAACAGCUGCAGCUUGGGGUUGGAAUUGCUUGGUGCCUUUCCAAGCUUUCCAAAGGAGCAGGAACUUGGUCAUUCCUUGGUAAAAAUUGCCUCUUCUGACUACCAUAGGCUCUGUAGCUCCAUUUUUUUUUUUUUUUUUUUUUUUUUUUUGUGUCCCACAUCUCUGAAGUGUCUUAAGCUUUCUUGGUUUUCUGUAUUCAUUACUUGGAAUGGAAAUGCUAGUCAGUGAGUUGUUGGUUUUUUUCUGGCUUGAAUUCAUUUUGUCUGUGUAUUAAAGAUGAGGAAAAAAAAAAAAAACAAGGAAGAAAGUGGAGAUGACACACUGGCACAGUUACCAAAUUGUCAUUUUUUUUUUUUUUUUAAUUCUUUUUGGUCAUGUCCUGUCAGGUAAUUUGUUAAAAUAGCAAUUUGCAAAUCCUAUAGUUCUUUAAGGGUUAAUUUUUAACAACUUAUCUCAUUUGUUUUUUCCCUUUGCUCAAGUAGCAAGUGAGACUGCUAAUCACACUUUCCAAAAAAAAAAAAAAAAUAAAAACAAAACCCACCCAAACCAAUACUCAAGUUCUCCUCGGGGUUAUAUCAUAUUUUUGGACAAUAAAGGCAGUGUUUUGGGCCACAGGAGAGAGCUGGUUCUGCACAGCUCCCUGCUGUCAUUGACAGCCAGUAAAGAGAAAUAGCAGCAAUUGAGUGCUGGCUUUUAACUGUGCUGGAAAUUAUGAUGGGAUAAAGACCCUAAGGUGCUCUGGAGUUUGAGUUCUGUUGCUUUGCCACUGUUGUUGCCUCUCCAAAUUGAUCCUCCCUCUGAUGAUGCCCUUGCAGCUGGAUGCCAUAGGAUGGCACAGGGUAGGUUUGUGUGUUGCCUCUCCGUGGCUUCAGAGAGCCCUGAGGUUUGGGGGUUUCCUGCUGCCAGCAGCUUUGCACUAUAUCCAUGGAGAGGCAUUUCAGUGUCUAUGAAUGUACGUGUAUUAGAGAAGGUCUGUGUUGCACAAAUUGUGACAAGUCACUGCUAUUUAUUUAUUUUAUUUUUUUAUUUUAAGAGAGUAUCUCUGAAUUGUUGUGCCAUCGAGUGAAAUGUAUCUGAUGCCAAAAUCUUGGGGUUUUUUCAACCUUGAUUGUACGUUUGACUGACGUGGUGGGGAAAAAGAGGUAAACCCUGUUACACUCAGAGGAUGCUUCUGCUGUUGUCUGUGCUGGGUAGGGCUGGGAAGGCAUUUCUGACUGCUGCUUUGCCUUCAGCUCUCCAGAAAGGGUGCAGAUCUGCAUUACCACUGCACUGAACCUUCAGGAGCUCUUGCGGUUCCUUCCAUUGGCAGCACAUUAAACCCUGAGGCAUCGAGGGUUUUGUUCUCCAAGUAGUAAAGAAAACAAGUGGCUUGGGGCACAGUUUUUGAACAAACACUGUAAGAAGUGUAGUGUGUGUGUUUGUGAUGAGCCCAGCUGUGUGCUGUUGUAGCAGUCCUGUCUUGUGAGUGAUGGUUGUGCUCCUACAAGGAGCAGGAAUCCGCAGCUCCCCAGAUACCUGCUGUGUGCCAGAAAUGGAGAAAAUAUUUUCAAAUAAGCGUUGUUGGGAGCUGGUAACUGUUCAUAGUCUAGCUAUCUUUAAUCCAAGAGGAAAACCCAACUGUGGGGCGUUGUGUGUCUGGGAUUUUCCCCGUGGGUAGGUCUGGCAAUGAGCUGUAGCUGUAGUGAUGCUUUUGGGAGGGCAGCAGCAGGCACAACAUGUCGAAUGUACUUUCAGGGUAUAAUAAUUAUUUGCUGUUUUGAAACUGCUGCUACUGUUGUUCUCCUACUGUAUUGGAACUGUUUGAUGUAUUUAUACUGCUCCAUUUGUGGAACUCCUUUCUGUCAUCCCUUACUUCUGUUACUGUGAAGGACUGGAAUUCUCGUUUCCUUGCCGUGUAACUUCGUCACGCCUUGUGUUAGAGUUUACUUGGUUUGUGCACAGCCUUCCUUGAGUUGUCAGCUGUUCUUUGCCCCUUCUCAGAUAAGAACAAAGGCUUUUCUAGCCGGAGUAGAAAGCAGAUCACAGGUCCAAGGACGCUGUGGAUGUUGUUUCUGAGGUGCUUCCAGGUAAAACACAGCUGGGCAGAGGCUAAAGCUGCGCUCCUGCGGCCAGUGUUGUUGGGUUUAGGGGCUGGUAAAAGCUGGAGAGCUUGGGUUUGUCCCUUGGCUGUGACAGGUUUAAUCUCUGGGGUGAAGUUGUGCUUCCGUGGGCCUGGGGCAGGAGCUUUCCAGGUUCAGGGCUUUGCCAGGCAAGGCUGGAUGAAUGUCUGUGGGGCAGAGCUUGUGGCUGAGUUUCUGACUGAGGUGGUGAUACAGCGUCUGGGGUGCGGAUUAAGCGCUUCCAAGUGCAGUCCACGUCUCUCCUGCUGCCCCUCUGGGGGUGUGUGAGGGAAUUGCCAGCUCUGGCGUGGCAGAGAAGGAGGGAAUGUGUGUAACAGGGAGAGCUGGGCUGCAGCCUUGGCCCAGAGGAGCAGCCUGGUCCCCCCCCUGGUGCUGGGCAGCUGUGGCAGUGCCGCUGCCCUUGUGUCCCCAGCAGGGUAGGACUCCAAGGAGCUCCUGGAGCCUUGCGCGUUUCCCUCGUCAGAGAAUUUCCAAGGAGGGGAAAUGCACACUCGUGGUGCUUUGUGAGCCCUCCCUGCCAGGCUCCUGAGGUUGUUGGGGGGUUCCAGCUGCCCUUUGUUUACAGGAGGUGCUUUUGUGAGGCGCUCAGGUGGAAGCCAGCAGAGGAAGAAGGGGUUCUGUCACUUGGGCAGGCUGGGAUGUGUGUGCUGCUUGAGGAAGCAUCUGGGUGGGCUCUACUUAUAAUGAAACUGUUACCACUUUUUGUUUUCCCUCCCUGUUUCUGUCCUCUCCCCUAAGGAGAGGGGGCUCCCUGCAUGGUGACACCUGCGUGGUUACAGCCCAGCUUGAUUCCCUCUGCUCAAGAAUGGCUUUGUACAAGGUGGUUGAGGUAUCUUCAGCUGCAUUGUUCUCCUUGCCUGGAACUGUGGCGGGUUCUGGAUCUGUACUCCUGUUUACCUGAUGUCUGUUCUGUAAAACUUAAGGUGUAUUACAAAUACAGAGUGAGAAUUUGCACUUUUCUGCAGAGUUUCUGUGUAUUGCUAUGUGGAUUUAGCUGAAUGAAGUGUUAUGAGUAAUAAAAUAUUCCCUUUGUAGUCUCAA